CCCAGCCAGGCUCAAGGCCCCGCGUGCCAGGAAUUUUCCCACACACCAGCAACCAAUCACUCUUCUUGACAAGAGAGAAGGCAUUAUUGGAGACAGUUGCAUAAGGGAAGCCUUUAGGACUGGUUUAAGGUAAUCUCCAGUCCUGCCUGUUCCUCAAGUGAUACUGUGGACAAGGUGUCCAACUCUGGCCUGAACUAAGCCCUCAUCUCAACGCUCAGUGUCAUCAAGAUGUUAACCUACCUCUUCCUUCUGAAGGCUCUUGCUCUUGGGUCCUUGGCAUCCUGGGUAGCUGCAGGAGAGCAUGGGAAGAAAGGAGAGUGUCCUAAGGUCAUUCGAAAACCAUCCUGUUCUAAAGCGUGUACCACUGAUGAGACAUGCCCAGGUAGAAAAAAAUGCUGCACUUUUGGUUGCAAUAAGAGAUGUGUAAUGCCAGUCUUCAAACAGAAACCAGAGGUUGGUGGUGGAUGUCCUGCGGACCCCCUUCCGUGUCAGGAGCUGUGUGACAGAGAUGAGUCCUGUCCCCCGGGGCACAAGUGCUGCAGCACUGGCUGUGGUCAGGCAUGCCGUGGGGACAUUAAAGGAGGGCGAGAUGGCGCUUGUCCGAACAUUCUGGUAGGCCUGUGUAUUGUUGGCUGCUUCAUGGAUGAACACUGCCAACCCGGGGAAAAGUGCUGUAAAUCAGGCUGCGGCCGCUUCUGUGUCCCGCUGGCCCUGCCAUCCAAUGGGACUGUAGACUCCAAUGGGACCAUCAGCUCUGAUUUGGAACGCGAGGCCCGGGGAACCUAGUGGUCCUGACUUGUCUGGAUCUUCUGUAGAGACCCCAGAAGUCCUAUGCUGGCAGCCAGGAGAGGGUGGUGUCCCAGGGCUUGUGACACUCCCAGGGGGCACUCAUGGUCUUCUUGGCCCGGCUUCCCUUCCUGCUGUUGCCUGGAGCACAGGAAGUGGCCCUGGUACUUGCAGCGGGUGCUGAUGCUUCUCUUUCCCAAUAAAGACUGA